AGGUUCAGAGCGAGGCGGGGUGGAGAGAGGGGCAUUUGAGAAAGGGGAAGUUGGAAGAGGGGAGGCUGGAGAGAAAGUUGGGGGAGGGGCGAGUGGGAGAGGGGCGGUUGGGAGAGGGGAGGUUGGGAGAGGGGCGGUUGGGAGAGGGGCGGUUGGGGGAGGGAUGGUUGGAAGAGGGGUGGUUGUUGGUGGCAUGUGCACAUGGGCACAAGUGCAGGUGCAUGUGCCCGUGUAUGUGUGUGUGGAAGCACAUUCGUUGCAGCAGGAGCAUGCACAGGCGCAAACGACGGAGGGAUCGGAGGGGGAGGAGGAUUUGGAGGAGGGGGGUCAGAUGGAGGGGGUGGGGCGGGCAGCGGGGGCGGUUGGGUUGGAGGGUGAGGAGGAGGGGGAUCAUCUCUCACGCCCUGCCCCCUCUCGUCUUGCCUUCUCUCGCCCUGCCCCCUCUCGUCUUGCCUUCUCUCGCCCUGCCCCCUCUCGUCUUGCCUUCUCUCGCCCUGCCCCCUCUCGUCUUGCCUUCUCUCGCCCUGCCCCCUCUCGUCUUGCCUUCUCUCGCCCUGCCCCCUCUCGUCUUGCCUUCUCUCGCCCUGCCCCCUCUCCGCCCUGUGUGUGCGCGCCCUGCACACGCGCGCCCCUCUCACUCCCCUCCGCCCUCUCCUCCUCCAGCCACCCCCCGAACGAGAAUCCCCCCGCCCCGUGCCACACACUCGCCAGCCCCGCCCACGCGCCAUCCGCCUCCAGUGCCGCCUCUACUCCUAUCUGUGGUGGUGACACUCGCACUGCUGCUGCUUCCACCCGCCCAAUCGCAGGGGGGGUGAAGGAACGCGGGGAGUUGACAGGAGGAGUGAAGGAGCGAGGGGGGACAACAGGGGGGGUGAAGGAACGCGGAGGGGCGAGAGGAGGAGUGGCGGAACGUGGAGGGCGAGAGGGGCUAGAGACGGUAGUACUAGAAGCAGCAGCAGCUGUAGCAAGCGGAGCUCCAGCCCUUUCCUUUUCUGCUGGGACGUCAGCAGAAGCCUCUGCUACAGCUCCUGGUCGUGCUGGGACGUCAGGAGAAGCCUCUGCUACAGCUGCCGCUGCUGCGCCUGUAGCAGCCGGUGCAGCGGGCUUUGGUACUGGCUGUGCUGCUGAUGCUGCUGGAGGUGUUGUUGCUGCUGCUGCUGCUGCUGCUGGUGCUGCUGCUGCUACAGCCGCAGGUGGUGCUGCUGCAACAGCCGCCUUUCGCGCUGGCUGCGCUUCUGCCGGCGCAGCUACAGAGGCCUUUGCCACUGGCGGUGCUACAGCCGUCUUUGCUGCCGGUGGUGUUGAUCCGCGCGCUGCUACAGCCGGAGUUGCAGCCUGCUUUGGUUCCUUGAAAGACUUCUCCCCUUUGCUGCCACUAGCGCCAGCGCCACUUGCGCCAGCGCCGCUGGCGUUUCCGCCGCUGAUUGGCUCUGCGCCUUCCUUAGGCGCAUCCGGACCCUGUCCCCCGCCUGCCUCAACCAAGUUCCCCGAGCUCCCGCCUUCCCCCCUGCGCUCAAAAGCCGCGAUCUGCUCGCGCAUGAGCGCAAUUUGCUUCAAAAACUGUGUGGAAGCUCCGCCGUCAGUCCCGCCUGCUCCGCCAGAGCUUGCGCCAGCCGCCGCCCCAGUAGAUCCGCCAGCCACAGCCGCUGGGGGAAGGGGGACGGACGGGGGGGAGCGGCCCAGUGCUCGCGCAGAAGCUGCGCGCGCAACUACCCCAGCCGCCGUCUGUCUUCCGCGAGUUUGCGUGGCGUGUGCGCCACCCGCGGUCCAAACGGCGGUGAGGGGGAAGAUGCGCGCCGCUGGGGAGCGGGGGGGAACGAGGGAGCGGAAGGCGAGUACUGAGAGGCGGAGGGGUAGGCGGAAGCGGAAGGGUACGGCGGAGCGGAAGAGUAAGGGGGAGCGGGAGAGUACUGCGCAGCAGAAGCGUACUGGUGAGGGGGAUGGUACGGGGAAGCGGAAGAGUACGGAUGAGGAGGGUACGGGGGAGCGGAGGAAUAAGCGGAGGCGGAGGGGUAUGGCGGAAUGGAAAGCGCACUCCGCGAGUGGGGGACGUGAGGCGCGCGGAAGCGGUGGUUCGGGGCUGCAGCGGCAGCCGUCAGGCUCGGCAUCAGGUUCGGACACGCCGAAGCUGAAGCAGUGGGUGGCGGCCCAUCCCCCUGCGCACGGCUUGGAUAAAUCUGCUCUUGUCGUGGACGGUUCUGCCUUGUCGUAUCUGUGGAAGGAGGUGGUGGGGCGGGACGGGGCGGCGAGGGAGGGUGGCAAGGGCGCGGACGUGAGGCGAGAGAAGGUCUACAACACCAUGUUUAACGUGCCGUGGCGGUGUGAACUGCUGAUCAUAAUGGGUUACCUCGUGUGUCUCGACUCCUUCCUCUCGCUCCUCGCCGUCCUCCCCAUCCGCCUCUUCCUCCUCUUGCUCCGCCUGCUCCUAGCACCGUGGAGGGGGCGGCUGCAUCUAGUUGUGGACGAUAUAGCUGACGUCGGCAAGGGCGUCAUCAUUGUGUGCGGUGUGCUGGCACUACAGCAGGCUGACGUCAGCCUCAUAUACCACUGGAUCCGCGGGCAGAACAUUCUCAAGCUCGUGGUGAUCUACAAUGUGCUCGAGGUGAUGGACAAGCUAUGCCAGAGCCUGGGGUGCGACGUGCUACAGAUGACUCUCAACACCGCGGCUCGUGUGGCCGCUGCCGCUACAGCCGGGUCACCAGCAGCAGGAGCGGCAGGAACAACAGGAGCAGGAGCAGCAGCAGCAGGAGGAGGAGCAGGAGGAGCAGGAACAGCAGCAGCAGGAGGAGGAGCAGGAACAGCAGGGUCAGCAGCGCCUGCUGCUGCAUCGCUGCCAACGGAAACCCUCCGGUUCAUAAUUGAUGAAGCGAUAGCAGUGGCGUGUUUCCUGCUGCACGCACUCGUGCUGCUGACCCAGGCCGUGACACUCAACGUGGCCAUCAACUCGCACAACCACAUCCUGGUCACUCUCCUCGUCUCCAACAACUUUGCUGAGGUUAAGUCGAACGUCUUCAAGCGCUUCAGUCGGGAGAACAUUCACAAGCUCGCUUGCCUAGACACGGUGGAACGGUUUCAUCUCUCGUGUCAUCUGCUCUUCGUGGUGGUUCAGAACGUGGUCAAGGGGCAGGGCACCUCGCUCUCCUUCUUCAUCCGGAAUGUGUGCACGGUGUGGGGCUGUGAGAUGCUGGUAGACAAUCUAAAACACUCCUUUCUCGCUAAGUUCAAUGAGAUCAAGCCUGAGACGUACUCCGACUUCCUCCUCUCGCUCUGCAGACAGGUCCUGGAGGACCGCUGUCACCACGUGCAUCGCAGCAUGAGCUUCGUUCCUCUUGGGCCCGCGUGCAAU